UAAUUAGUUGUGCAUGUUCAAUUUUCAAUCAACAUGUAUUUUAAUUUGGUAUUUGUUUAUUUUUUAUAUUUAUAUGAUUGUGAUGCAACCCCGGUGAACUUGCAUAAUAGCAUGAUGUAUUUAGGUAAAUUUGGAUACUUGGAAAAGGAUGAAAUGAAGAAAGAAAAUAUGAAUAUGACUAAAUAUAAGAACGCUUUGAUGAUGUUCCAAAUGAAUUACAAGCUACCAAUGACGGGCGUUAUGGAUAAAGAAACAGUCAAAAUGAUGAGCAUUCCUAGAUGUGGGAAUCCGGAUAACAUAGUGAAUAAACCUCAUAGGCAAAAACGAUAUGUUAUUAAGUGUGACCAGAACUAUACGUUUUUCAAACGAAAAUCUAAUUUAACUUAUUACAUUAAAAAAUUUCCCAAGACGCCGGAAAAAUUUGAAGUAAGACGUGAAAUUAAAAGAGCAUUUUCGCUCUGGUCCCGCCACAGUAAUUAUACAUUUAAAGAAGUUUUUACAUAUGAUGGAGAUCUCGAAUUGAGUUUUGAAAAAGGAACGCAUGAUUCAUCAGAGUACGAAACUGACAGCUUUGACGGGCCUGGCGAAGUUCUGGGACACGCCUAUUCACCCGAUCUAGGAAACGAAAUUCAUUUCGAUGCUGAAGAAGACUGGACGGUGGAUUCAAGUUUUGGUGUCGAUCUAUUGCAAGUUGCCACCCAUGAAAUUGGUCAUUCCUUGGGACUAGAACAUGCGAAUACCAAAGAUUCUGUCAUGUACCCAAUGUAUUUGAAUUAUAUUCCAUAUUUUCAUUUGACUUUCGAUGAUAUUGAAGGAAUAAAAAAUAUUGAUGAGGGUGUGCCAAAUGAUUCAACAAUAUGUUUUGUAGUUAAUGGAACGAUGACACAUACUAAGAAUUUUAAAACUAAAGAAGUAAUGUUUUUUGAAAAUAUUCUUUUAGUGUAACGCUUUAAUUUUAUUUUCAUGUAAUAUACAGGGUGAUUCACCUAAUUUAUUCAUUAGAAGUUUAUAGAGAACAUAAAUAAAUAUUGAUACCUAUUUCAUUGUGAUUAGUUUAUACCAAUUUGAAGACAGGUAGGUUACAGAAUUCUGUGUAGCGAAAUAAAAGCUUCAGAAUGUAAACGAUGAAAACUGUAGGCGGCAAAAUUUUUUGUAAAACAAUCGUCGGAUGUCGCUAACGUAGGGGACGGCAGUGCCAGUGGCGGCGUACCGCGUGAGCACCACGGGAACACACGCCACACACGAUGUGUGGACGCGAGAGGGAGAGAGAGAGAGAUGAGCAUCGACGUAUAGAGCAACAGAGUUGAGGAUCAUUGAGGUGAUAGGAGGGAUAAAGGGGAAAGCGAGUCGUGGAAGAGGCGAAGGAGGAGGUGACGGCGGCUGUUUAUCGAUUGCGGCGGCGCAGGCGCAGUUGACGGCCAGGAGCAGCGGCGGCAGUGUCGAGUGAGAAACGGCCGGCACAGCUCGCGCCCGGGCGGGGAGGACUGUGCAGCACCAAAUAGCGGUGCGAUAUAGCGAGCUUCUCAAGAUGGCGGCACCUAGUGAUCUCGGGAGCGAGAGUAGUCGGCGGCGCUAGUACGCGGCCGCCAGUGCGGAGCAGUGUUGUUGUGCGAGGCGUGACCUGGUGCAAGUGCCGUGCCGUGCCGUUCCCGUAGCCGCGACGUAGUGAUGAUGUGAUGUCGUUGGCCAGGCCGGUCCGCGUUCGCCUCUACGUCGACGAGAUCCAUGCCGCCGGAGUGGCACGUAGCGCCAGCAGAGCAGCCGCGGACCAUGCAGCAUGAGCGUGGAGGGUCUGUCGCGUGGGAGGCCCCGAAGAAGCACGAGCAACAGCAACACAAGCACGAAGAGGAGGAAGCGGCCUAGCGGGAGGCCCCGGCACACGGACCCCGGGGGCACUCGGAGCCGCGAGGGGAGGCACUCCGGCCGCCCGCAGCGAUGCUCCCGGCUCCCGUAACACCGCGCCUUGCCCCACAGAAUGCCCCGGGGCCCGCCGACGGGCCUGUCGCUGCUCCUGAUGGCCGGCCUGGCGUUCGCCACCGCCACCUCGCCACCAAACAACCCCUGGCUGUCCGACCUGGCGACCGACCUCCAGACCGCCUCUUCGGCGGUCGACUUGCGGCCUCGUUGCGAGAGCCCCGAGCCUCUCUGUCCGCCGCCCUGCCCACCCAACAUCACUAAACCAUCUACAUCUAUUCAUCAGUGCCUUUAUUACUUGCAAGAAUCGCACAAAGACGAGGUGUGCGGCCGCGACGACUUAACACCCCAGCGCAGGCGUAACCUGCUGCACGGACUCCGGAUGCGCCACUGUUGCGAACACGCGGUCGACUCCGCUCUACCGCCGGCCGCCUUCCAGGGCGGCAACGUUUGCCGGAAACACCUCUCAGCGCUAAUCGACCUCGACCGACUCGUGCACCACGUCCAUUGCGGCAUCCACGAUCUGCUCACCCACUACGACUGCGAACAGUCCUAUUCCAUCGUCCACACCUGCAAAAAUUGCGAGAACGCAUACCGGCGUUGGGUGUGCAGUUCCCUGGUGCCUCAUUAUUCUAGUAAGGGGGAGCGAGUGCGUCCGUGUUUGGCCGUGUGUCACGACGUCGAGCAACAGUGUCCGUAUCUGCUGCCGCAAGACUACACCAACAUCACCCAGCAGACAUCGUCCGGGGAAACGGUCACGCAAGGACCUACGCCGCAAUACGCGGGAGAGCCCACCUUCUUUUGCCUCGAUCCGAAUAUUCCGGAGCAAGAGCUGAACUCGUCAAGCGGCGACGAGGACUGCUGCUACACACACUGCGGCUCCAGCGGCAGGGGGACGACGACGGGGCGUGACGAGGCGCCAGCGCCCCACGGCGUCGCGGACGCCACCGCCAACGCCAGCGGGCGCACCGCCGCCCAAAUCCUCGGCCUGUGCGAACACUGUCCCGGACGACCCACCGGACCGGGACCACCGCCGCGGGGCGACGGCAACGGGACCGCGCCCUCGGCCGUUGCGUCGCUGUCAUCGGGCGCCGCCCACCAAGGCCUUCCACGAACUAUUAACAAAGUGUUUCUGUUAUGGACCGCAUGGUUCUGCUGCCAUAACGCCAAGACGGUUUUUAUUAACGCAUUCAAAUGUUUGUUAGUUCUGUGCGCGUACUGCGUUCGGACCACAGUCGCGAUCUUGUGGACAAAGACCUAUUGGAAUCGGUCGUGCUCAUAGAAAUAGGCGAUAUGUGUUCUAUCCAAAGCCUCGAUACGGUCUGUCUACGAUAACGCAUGUUGCUCAAAUCUUACUUAUACAUCUCUCACUAUUAUUAUACAUAUUAUUCGACUGGAGUACAUUUUAAAUCCAGUGUAUAUACUCAUUUUUAACUGAAAACUAUACCUAUCUCAUUUAUCUUGAUAUAAACUAAAAUAUUAUACAUUUUUUGUACUAACAUUCAACUUUAUUUCAACAUACACAAGUCACCAGUCAUAUUUGAAGCUUGCAGGAACCAUUAAUUCAAUCCCCCUUUGAACACACCACUUAAAUGUUAAUGGCAACCAUUUUAGCAUCAAUUACACUUUAUGAUACUAGUUGACUAGGUCUGUAUUAAACCAAUCUUAAAUUAUCUAUUAUUAACACGAAUCAUAGCUGUAACAUAGAACAAUAAAAAAGUACACCACAGGCUGGUUUUGGUGUACAAACAACCCCAAACUCUUCCACCCAAGCUUCAAAAAUGACCGUACACGAAGUGCUGGUACACAAAAUCUACAAUAUGCCAGUUUACAAAAGUUUAAAUUCGCCCCACAUUUCACUGCCACUUACGUAGAAGCAGUCCGGAUGAAAUACGACUAAUUAAUCCAUUUCAAACUUUUUCCACUAAUUGCAAAUCGAUUUUGAAGGCAUCCCUGAUGAUAAUGGUCGUGUUUCAUCGUAUUUUUGUAAAGCAAUUCAAAACAAUCUUACAUCAUAUCCAGAUUCACUUUUAUACAUCCACUGAACGUAAGUGGCCAAUUUGAACGAAAUUCCUAUUUACAAUUUAUUUAUACACCGCUCCAGGAAACUGAAAGGAUUUUAUACAUACUGCAGACCGGCUGAAGUAUGAAUUAUAAUUAAAACUAUAAACAAUAAAUAAACCUACCCUAAAUAAUCACAAUAAACUAAACAAAACAUGUUUAAGCUUUCUUUGUGACGUUCUCGUUUUUACUUUGUAUAUUAAACCAAAAACUAAUAAUAAAAAUAAACUACGAUAAUACGAUAAUAAAUAAAUAAACUAGCUUCCGGGUUUAAUCCAUAGAACUGUGUGGAUGGAUCAUAGAUUUUUCUAAUAAAAUUUAUUUAAGAUUUAAGGCGGUGCCAAUGGCACCUUUCUAUUAAUACGUGUAAAUAUAUAAAUACAAGCUAGCUCUAAUAAAAUAAGCUUCUCGCUUCAAAACACUAAUGAUAAUAAUUAAUGUUAGGACUAGCUCGGAAUUUUUUGCAUUAGGGAGCAACUUAUAUAUUUACGUUGACGUUGACGAUGAGAUUUUUAGUAAGGGACAUGUGUAUAUACACUAUUUUUAAAAUUAUCCUUAAAUAUGUAUAUUAUAAUAGCUCAUUCACAAGAAGAACAAAUUAUAAUUAUCAUGAUUAAUGUGUUCAAAGCCGGAUAUCCCGAAAAAAUAACUUUAUAUCUACUUCUCGUUUUAUAUACUUUCUAUUGAAUAAAGUAAAUGCAUCCGCUAAUCUCUAAAAGGACAACAUCCUCGAUGUGUUUAGUCAGAACUGUUACUUAUAGAAUGUCGCGACUUAAUUACCCAAAAAAAAUCACAGGGUCCACAAAAUAGAUCCUUGAGUAACUUAAUUUUAUUAAGACGGUCUUCUUUAGGUAGGAUGUAUUUAUUUUGUGAUUGACACGUGUUAUUAAAGGAUACGCACAAAGAAUUUUAAUAAGUUGAGUGUGCAUUUUUUACAUUUUUACUGUUUUUCUAUAAGUUGUUGACAAAUGUUUAAUAUAAAUAAAGAGAUAUGUGAUGUGUACAGAUCGUUCGAUUGUACAAAGAAUUUCUGCAUAUUAACCAAAAUUUUAUAGACAUUCUUUUUUAAAAGUAAUCAACGAGCUAUUCAAUUGUUUUUCAAGAAGACUCAUCGAAUGAGGGAAUUUUUUGAAAACUAUCAUUCCGAUUACUCGGAUUUUACGAGUAUGCACUCCGAUGACGUCUUCUUAGUUUCCCAUGCUGUUAAGACAGAUCGUUCAAGGAAAUUUGGAUUUUUUUUAGAAGACUUACGCACAUAGUUUUUUUACUUAGGACUGCAUUUGAGAUGGGUAGUCAGAUAAAUACCAAUAAAGUCAAUUAAAAACUGGACAAUGCCGAACAGAUAAAUUUUGUAUUCGAAUUAUAUGAUUGAACAAGAGGUAUUUCCUGACUCUCAUUUGGUUUUAAAUGGCUGUUGCGAAGUAUAUCUAUAAAUGAAGACUAUAUUAUAUUGUUGAUGUUGAAAAGUAUAUUUAAACUGAUUUUUAUUCAUUUAUUUUGAUAAAUAUGUUGCAAGGUAUAUCUUAUGAAGCCAUAAUAUAUAUUAAAAAGUGUGCAAUUAUUUAUACUGAGGAUACCAACGCUUUUAUUGUAAAAUUUAAUGCAGAAUCUUAUAUAAUGUGGCCCUUAAUUUCCUCACAUGUUUUAAUCAAUCCAAAGUGCACGUCUGAUCUUCCUCCGUCAUAACACAUUCAUUUGAUCUUAAGAUUUGUACGAAAAAUUGAUUGUUGAGACCCACGACAAAAAUGUAUUUAUUUAACUUGCAACGUCAACUGAAGCACCAUAAAUAGCAUAUUUUCUCUCUCAAAAUUCAAUUUUUCUUAUGUUUCUGGCACAAUGUUCUUUUAAGUUUUCAUCCGUCCAUAAACAGAAAGUUUAAAGAGGAAAUUGAGAAGUGCACAUUCGGAUUGCAGCCUACAAUAGCACCUACACUCAAUAUACUUGCCAAUCAGCCAAAAAAAAAGCAGUCAACCUAGAUGCGAACUCUUUGUUUCGUUUCUACCAUUUAACAAUUAGUUUUAAAAACUACAUUUGGCAAAAUUAGACGUCAAUGCAGAGUGAAUAAAAAAGUUGUUAAUUGUGAGAUACAGUAGUUAUUGGAAUGUAGAAGUUUUUUGAGAAAACUGAACUUAGAAAAAUAGAACACCAUCUUUUAGUUCUGUGCGAGAAUAUUCGUUAACUGCCAGCAAUUUUCACAAACUAGGGCCAAUCGAUACCAAUUCCACCGUGAAUUUUUGUACGAAGCGCACCGAAUUUUGAUGAAAUUUAAAUGCACCAUGUCGCAUUUAGGUUUUUUUGGAAAUGGGUGAUUGGUGAACUUGAAUCAUUCGAUCGAAUUGAUGUGGACCGGUCCGAUAACGCAAAAUUUCCACAGAUGGCUCAGAUUUUAUCCCCCAACGAUGGCGACGAUGGAACAAGUUGGACUUGACGCUUGGACUUGUUCAUUGGUGGCCGCGGCGACUGAUGAACCGGCCCGAAGUACCCGAGGUCCAGCCCUGUUGUUACUGUUAUCUGGAUCAUUAUUAAUCUGUGAAAAACUGUGCUUAGUGAUACCAAUAAAAAAUUAUAGUGUUAUUUUAAAGUAAAUAACUUCAACGAUAACGGCACAAUUCUUCAUAUCAACAUAUGACUUUUUAUGUGUCGCCAGAUUUUAUUCAUUUAUUUUUGUGGACAGCUAAGAAACAACAACAAUAGUCUUUUGAAACCCUAAAGUGAAAUUCAAUCUUGUCCACAAAUGUGUUUUUUCGAAAAUACGGACACCCUUCUCAAUCCCCCUUUUGAUUCAUUUCAAAUCUGAUGUUGUGAUUAUCAAAUUAAGACCGUAUUCAUUAAGUUUUAUUUAAACGAUAGAAACUCGAGGAUUUGCAAGUGUGAUAUUUUCGAAAAAAUAAUUCAAUAUGAAGUACCUGGUUAUUUUCAGUUCCAAAAGGCGUUUGCUGUUAUCCCAAAAAAAACCGGUAGUUGUGCAAAAAAGUUUAUUAUAAUUAAUAUUAAGACUUUACAAAGGUCGCGUGUUUAUAUAAUAAUUUAAAUCAGGGUAAAAUUUUGUAUUUUUAUUGUAUUCGUUGUGUUAUUAUGUGGAAAAUGUUUUUAAUAAUAAUGUGGUUACCAUAAAUGAAUACCUUAGCAAAAAACUUUCAAUGUACAACUAUUUGGUUGAAAUGAAAUGCUUUUUAGACUACAAAAGUUUAAUGUACAGAGAUCAUAAACUGACUUUUAUUUUAAAUAGUAAUAAAUUAAAAGAUUACUUUUUAUAUUUAAAAAAAUAAAACAGUCACAUUAUAGCAGAGGAAUGUUCAGCUUAAGAAUAAAGAUACAAGUCCACAUUGUACUAUUAUGAAAAUGUGAAAAAUGUUUGUGUGCGUAUGUUUUAGUACAGAAAUCAAAAUACAUAUAACAUAUGGUACUUUAUUGGGAACGAUUCUAACUAUCAUCAAAUCAAUCCGUUUUAAUAACGAACAAUUUGUAAGACACAGGAAUGAUUUCAACUGAUUUUUGUCAAUAUUAAUUAAUUGUUUAUUCUAUUAAUUGUAAAUACAAACCUAUCAUAAUUAUAGAAUGAUUGGGGAUGUAUUUACAAACUCCUUACUGUGUAUUAUAUCCUGUAAAUACUAUCUUAUUGGAUAAACUAAUUUGGAGACGUAUUUACAAAUUUCUUACUCCAUUAUAUUUCAACCAAUGCACCUCCGAAAUUUUUUGACAAAUUGGGCUAUGUAUUUACAAAACUCGACGUAAUUAAUCUAAUUUUUGUAAAUACAAACCUACCUAGUUAACGGCAUAGUUAUUUAGAAAAUCAAACUAGUAAUGUUUGUGGUGUAACUUUGUUUUAAUUGUAUUUUAAAUGAAUGUCGUUAUCAUAGCAAACAUCUAGAUGAACAAGGUUGAAAUUGGUUGAUUUGAUGGUAAAAUACAAGUAGAUACAAACGUAGAUUCGUCCGAAAAUGAAAGAAUGUUGCUAGUGAAAAUAUAACUAGCUGUGUUCGUUAGGUCUCUGCAAAAAUGAAGUGAAUAGUCAAAGAUAUGCUUGAAACGGAAAACGAAUCUUAUGGUAAUUGGUUCUAUUGAAAUUUGUAAUGAAUUUUAAACGAUGUUGAGCAGCAUAUUAAUAAUUACUAGCAGCCUUUUUGCCCAAGAUGUCAUAAAACUAUUCAGUGGGUUUUUAAUUGAACAGGCGAGUUUCGUUUUCAUUUUUUGGUGGACAAUAAUUUCAAAGCGACCAUGAAAUUUUGGGCAAAUGUAUGCUUUUUAAAUAAAUAAGAAAAUCCGCUUGUAUAAGUAAUUCUAUUCUAUUAAAAUGAAUGUUAAAAUAUAGAUAAUAAAAUAAGGUAAUAGGCAGAAAAAAUAGUACAAGUAAAUGUUGUAAAAUUUUAGAGUAAGUGUUGAAUUUUCCCUUUUCCGACGCACUUUUUAAACAUUUUUUCAAUUUUAUACUUUAUAUACUAGAAAUAAAGGCGCUGCUCAACAUUACUACUUGACAAUUUGUGUGUGUACCCCCUCGAAAUCGUUUUGAAAUUUUUAUAUAGGAGAAAAUUAGCGAUUUUCUAAGCGGUUCAAAAUUAAUGUGAAAAGCAUGCCUUGUGUUAAGGCGUUGCUAUGCCUUAAGAUGCAAUAUACAAUAAACAUAAUAUUUUUAGAACGAUCAAAUUUUAAAUAUAAUUGAUGUGAUUAUCAAGUACAUCCCCCGUGUCGUUCAAGCAUAUCUUUGCCCGUAAAAUUAAAAACGUUUCCAUCAAAAAUAAAUGACAUUGUAAUUUAAAUGUACCUAGAUAGAACAGCGUUAGGAAAGUGUUAACAUUGUUACUUUAGUAUGAGAUUAUUUUUGUUGUGAGUAGGUUUAUAAUUUUAAAUGAAAAUUUAUUUCCACAAAAUAAUUAUGUGCCAAAAUAACAGAUACACAUCCGGCUAAUAUCUGACCCUAGAGAAACUAUAUGCUGUAAUUUAGUUGCAUCUUUGCAAACUAUAUAUAAACAACCGUGACUAUAUUUUAUACUCUUCCCUCCUAUUUAUUAUUAGUUAAUUAUUUGAGCAUAGCUAUUAAUAUGGUUUUCGUUACAUGUGGCUCAAUGAAUGUCAAAAUGCCUUCAACAAUGCAAAAUGGAUUUUACUUAUAGACUUAUUAGGGUAAAGAUACUCAUAAAAAUUAUUUAUGUCAACAAAUUUAAAAACUUAUAAACUCAUGUACAUUUUCAAUAGCAAUUAUCUCAGUUACACUUUGAGUUUAACAUUUAACUGAACAUGGCAAAUAUAACAAUAAUAUUCGUCAUGACAAUACAUAUCAGGAGUUUCGAUAUUAUUGCAUUUCUUUAUUUUUGAUUGAAAGUUGCGUAUUUUGAAUUUGUCGAUGUAAAUAAUUGUUCAAGUAACUAACGCAAUAAUUAAAGAAUUUACGAAUUAAAAAUAUAUACUAAUGAAUGCCUAAAAAACUUGUCUGCUUUGCAUUGUUGUGUUUGUUGUUAAUGUUAAAAUAUAUACUUAUUGUUGCUAGUGGCUAGAAUUGUUGUUGUUAUAUUCAAAAAUAGUAAUAUAUUUUUGUUUAAUUUAAAGAGGAGUGAUUUUUAACAUGUAUACAUAAAUAUAGAGCAUGUUAUGUAAAAAUACAUAAAUGUCUUCACUACAGGAACGCAUUUGGAAUUUCUAAAAAUGCGUCUGCAUAUUUAGAUUCGAGUAUCACUUGAUUUUUGGUUUACAAAUAAUAUUUUAUAAGGAUGUAUAUGUCACUUGUUUUUAUGUAAAGUUUUACAGCAUAGUACAAGGAUAUUUUGUUAGAAUAUACAUUACUCGAUAGCGUAACUCACAUAUGUAACUGACUGAAUGAAUUUUGUAAUAAUAAAAUUGUUGUUAGUGUAUAUAUUUAUUAGAUAAGUAGGUAGAUUGUAAGAUUUUAAAUAUAUUGACUGGUUAGCCAGAUUUUUCAUAACGAUAUUCAUUUGUAAAUAUCUAUUAAUGUGUUAUUCUUAAAAUUUUUGAGGCGUCGUCACAGGAGGCAAUCUAACUUAGUUAUAAUAUUCUUACAAAACUAGAGUAUUGUUAAAAUAAACCUUAAAGUAAGGGCACAUCGGGUUGCCGCCUGUGGGUAAACCUUGGAAAAAUUUCACUGUUUCCAACACCAACUAUUUAAAUAAAUCUAUAUCUAUAAUGGAGUCAGAUAUUAGCCUGGAUGAGAGUACGUUGGAAGAAUUGGAUUGUUUAAAUUAUUAUAUUUUAAUUGCUCAUGUAAAUACUUUAAACAAAAAUGGAUCCUUCCAUCGCAUAUUUUUGUGGAAACGUUGUCUGUAUAGAGAUUAAGUUAAAAAAUUGCAGGAAUUUAAAUAUAAACUUAAUCUGUAAGUCACAAAAAAAUUAUUGAAGGUUUUUUUAUUAGUGAAAAGUAUUAUACUAUUGAAAAACGAUGAAAUAAAAAAUUUAAACUA